GCCGCCGCAGUCGUCUUCUUUUUCUCCAAUUCCUGUCUUUUCUUGCUUUCUUUUUUCCUCCUCCUUCACACCACCCGGUCGCAACAUUCCACCGUCGCCGCCAGCCUCCACUCCUUUCUUUCUUUAUUUUACUAUUAUUUUAUGUGGUGGGAUCCACAAAGGAAAAAACAACCGAAAAAACUCUGGCCAGAUUUUACAAAAGAAAGGGUUCAUUCGUUCGUCCGAUUUAUUUUGUAUGGAGUAAUAAAUAUAUUUAUGAGAAGAGUCGAUCCAUUCUCAUUUCCAGCCAAUAACAUGAAUUCGGUGGCCACUCGAUAUCUCAAAGCCAAAUCCAAAUCCUCUCUUUUCUUUCUCUCUCGAUUCCCUCAAUUUUUCUCCACCGCGCCUCCAUCGAAUCCCGAUGUCCAGAGCUACCCGCCAACCCUCGACGGCCUGCGGCGCCGGCUCGCGGCUGAAUCGCCGACGCUUGCGGACUUUACCCGACUCCAAACCGACCAGAGUUAUUCCGUGGAGGUGGGGACAAAGAAGAAGCCCCUGCCCAAGCCAAAAUGGAUGAAGGAGUCGAUCCCCGGUGGGGAGAAGUACACGCAGAUCAAGAGAAAGCUAAGGGAAUUGAAAUUGCACACGGUUUGCGAGGAGGCCAAGUGCCCUAAUUUGGGGGAGUGCUGGUCUGGGGGUGAAACAGGCACUGCCACUGCCACGAUUAUGAUUCUCGGUGAUACUUGUACUCGUGGCUGCAGAUUUUGCAAUGUAAAGACAUCACGCACUCCUCCUCCUCCUGACCCCAACGAGCCCAUGAAUGUAGCUGAGGCAAUAGUUUCAUGGGGAUUGGAUUAUGUGGUGAUAACUAGCGUUGAUCGUGAUGAUUUAGCUGAUCAAGGAAGCGGUCAUUUUGCAGAGACAGUGCAAAACUUGAAGACGCUGAAGCCAACUAUGCUUGUAGAAGCACUGGUUCCUGAUUUUCAAGGGGACCCUGGCUGUGUUGAAAAAGUUGCCAAAUCUGGAUUAGAUGUUUUCGCACACAACAUUGAAACGGUUGAAGAGCUUCAGAAUGCGGUUCGUGAUCGUCGUGCUAACUUUAAGCAAUCCCUGGAUGUUCUCAUGAUUGCCAAAGACUAUGCCCCGCAAGGCACACUGACGAAAACUUCCAUCAUGUUGGGGUGUGGAGAAACCCCUGAUCAAGUAGUGCAAACUAUGGAGAAAGUGAGGGCUGCUGGGGUUGAUGUCAUGACAUUUGGUCAGUACAUGCGACCAUCCAAGCGCCACAUGCCUGUAUCAGAAUACAUUACUCCUGAAGCUUUUGAGAAGUAUCGUCUGCUCGGAAUGGAAAUGGGAUUUCGAUACGUGGCAUCAGGCCCUAUGGUGAGGUCUUCGUACAAGGCUGGCGAAUACUAUAUAAAAUCCAUGAUAGAAGCAGACCGAACUGCCGCAUCUUCUUCUACAUAAAACUCAGCCUUAUGGUAUCAGACGAACUUCCUCUGCUGCAAUGGCACGAUACCACACCUGCUUCAGGUACACUCGCUCUCAUCUCGCUCCCCUCCUCGCUUUGAUGUUUAAAAGUUGUUUUAUAGCUUUAUAUUCAUUUUAAUUAUUAUGUAAAAAUAAGUUCUUAUAAGAGCUAUUCCUGUCUUAUUUGAUCAAACACAUAGCAGCUCUUUCGAAAAGGCAAUUUUCAUUUUUGUUAA